AAAACACGUCUGACCUGUUUUACUCUGUAAGUACUUUCUUUUUAAUGCAUGCAAGGGCGUGACACACUAUAAAUUGGAUUGGACAUGCAAGACUUCACACUUUAAGAAGGAACUCCAAACACUGUGUUUGGGUGAAACCGAAAUUACAGAAAUUAUAAAAGGCACCCAAAAGAAUUAAGAGAACAAUAAGAAUUAACUUUGUGACAAGUAAUUCUUCAGGCAUGUUUUCUGUUUUCUCAUCUUCUUCUAUAGAUAGAAGCAGUGCUCAUGAUGAUAAUGAAGACUUUGAUAGUUCUCGAAAGGAAAGUCAUAAAAUGGGGGGAGAGGUUCACGGUCAUUUAGAGGAUAACAUUCGUCCAUACAUUGAUCUGAUUGACACUCUGCGGUCAUUUGGCAUUGAGAAGGACUUGGCACUGCCAACUAUUGUAGUGAUCGGUGACCAGAGUUCUGGAAAAAGUUCUGUGUUGGAAGCACUGUCCGGAGUUGCAUUACCGAGAGGGAGUGGAAUUGUCACCAGAUGCCCACUAGAGCUGAGGUUGAGGAAGGUCACAGGUGGAGUCAGUUGGAAGGCAAUUAUUUCUUACCGUCUGAAGAGAAUCGAGUUUGUGGAUUCAUCAUUAGUUGUAAAACAUGCUGAAGCUAUUCCUAAUAAUGUUUCUGGCCAAAUGGCGAGUGGAUUCAGCAGGAAGGCAUUUACAUCCUACAAAGAGAAGAAAAUUGAAUUUGGGGAUCCUUCGUUAGUUGAAAAGCACAUUGAAAACGCCCAGAAUGAGCUGGCAGGAAAAGGGUCAGGAAUCUCUGAUGAACUCAUCACUUUAGAGGUCAUGUCACCAGAUGUGUGUGACCUCACGCUGAUCGAUUUACCUGGAAUUGCCAGAGUCCCAUUAAAAGGACAACCAGAUGAUAUUGCAAACCAGACCAAAUCUCUGAUCAAGAAAUAUAUUGAGAAGCAUGAAACUAUAAACAUGGUAGUGGUCCCUUGUAACACUGACAUUGCCACAACAGAAGCAUUAAAAAUGGCAAAAGAAGUAGAUCUGGAUGGUAAAAGGACUAUAGCCAUUUUGACCAAGCCAGACCUCAUAGAUGUGGGAACAGAAAUUAACAUUUUGGCAAUUGCCCAGAACAAAUUGAUCCCUCUCCGCAAAGGUUACAUCAUGGUGAAGUGUAGAGGUCAAAAACAGAUUGAUGACAAAAUUCCUCUGGAGGAGGCUUCACGGAUGGAGAAACAUUUCUUCGAAAAUCAUAACUAUUUCAGAUGCCUCUUGGAUAAAGGAACAGCGACUAUUAAAUGUCUUGCCGCCAGACUGACUGAGCAUCUCAUUGAUCAUAUCAAAAAAUCACUGCCACUGCUCGAUGAACAGAUAAAAAAGCAGUUGUGGGACUUGAAAAAAGACCUCAAGGAGUGUAAGGGUGGACCGCCACAGGACCCUCAGGGGGCAAGACACUUUCUGAUUCAAACCUUAACAGGAUUCACUGAUAAAAUCAAGUUCUUAUCAUCUGGGGAGCUGAUCAUUGAGGACAAUUUGUUUGUCCAACUUCGGACUGAAUUCCAGGAGUGGAAUAAUCAUCUUAACAGAACAAAAUUUCCCUUAAAUGGUUUAACUGCCGAUAUAAAAGAAUGCAGCCAGAGAUACAGAGGGAGGGAAUUGCUCGGCUUUAGCAACUACCGAGUGUUUGAGAUGGUUCUGCAGGACCAUGUGGCAAAACUUAAGGAGCCAGCCAUUGAAUCACUCAAUGCUAUAAAAGACAUCAUUAUCAAGCAGUUCAAUGAUGUUUCUUAUCAGUGUUUUCGGAACUACCCUUUUCUUCUAAGUAUCGCUGCGAACAAAAUCGACAACAUUCAGUCAAGCCAACAUGCCAAGGCAGAGCAGAGGAUCUUGGAGCAGUUUGCAAUGGAAAAUAUGAUCUACACUCAAGAUCCCAUCUACUUGAAGAUCUUGAAUGAAAUUAGCAAAGGCACGGAGAAAUUUUCAGAGGAUCAAAUACCUGGCAUUGACAAAAGAAGCCAGUACAGUGAAAUGCUACAGGCUUAUUAUGAGAUUGUGGUGCAGCGGAUGGCUGACCAGGUGCCCAUGCUGAUCAGCUUUUUCAUGCUGAAGGAGGCUGCUCUGCUCUUGUGUACUGAAAUUCUCACUUUAUUAGAAAGGGCAAAUGUGAGUGAGAUGCUGCAUGAGGAUUCAAAAAUCAGUAGAAGGCGCAUCGACUUACAGUCUCGCUUGGAACGACUGAGUAUUGCUCAGGAAAAAAUGGGCAGUUUUAUUGGCGGGGUCUAAUGUUUUCAGAAAUAGUCUAAUGUCUUUGACAACUUAACCCAUAAAACACUCAUUAUCAUAUUAAUACAUUUUUUAGAUCUAUAUGUAUUGCUAAAUUACUGUCAUUUUCACACAUUGUUCAAACUUCCAUAACCAUUUUUCAAUAAUAUUACUAUUAGCCUUCCAAAUACAUCGAUCAAUGUAGUAUUCAUUAAUAAGGUAAUUUUUUUUUUAUUUUUUUAAAUUUUUUUAUUGCUUUAGUCUGUAAUGCAUUACUUUUCCUUGAUAAGUUUAUAGCCAAUAGGUGGCUGCAAAUCAAGCACGCCUCUUUCUUGCAUCCAUCUUCUGCUGCUUUGGGCAGUCCACAAACUUUAAUCACUUUUAUGUGCCUAGUAUAUUUAACAGUACUGUACAUUGUUUUACUUUUAUGAUCAAUUGAAAAUUAAAAUUGUCCUUGAUUCAUACCUGUUUAUUAAUUUUGAAAACAUUUUAAAUUUACCAAUUCAGUAUAAAUCCAUAAAGAACACACUGUACUUUGAUUAACUGAUUUACUGUAGCUGCUGCAAAGUUUGCCUAGUCCUUUUAUACAGUUAACUUUACCUAAACAGUGAUGACAUUUUAAAUACUACACCCCUAACACAAAUGCUCACUGACACGUUAAAACAAAACUACAAAGACAUUUGGUUUAUUUUAAAACCUUUACGACUACACAAACAAAAUGUGGACAUGGCACUUGUGGCCUAUAUGGCACUUCCCGUCAAGACGAGGUGGCGCAGACUUUCAUGGGUUUGGUAAUUUUCUGUUUGAGUGCAGCCUUCUACAUCAACAAUUAAAUGAAAAUUCUCAAAUUGCAAUAUUUACUUUUGUGUGACAUAAUCAAUUGUAUUUCACUACACUCCGUGCGGAUGGCUUCCUGUUUAUCCUUUUUGGCCUUGUUCUCAGAGAUUAAGUUAGAAAAAGGAAAAACCACUUUGGCAGUAUGUACAUUCUCAAUAUACAAACCAGUUGCAGCCCUGUGACACUUUGAUAACAUUCAUAC